GACAAAACGAAUCCACUUCAGGUACAGCGCUUCUGUGAGAUGUUUCGCUUUUAUGUCUCGGCGCAGAACGUCUCAUCAUUUAUGUUAAAGGCCUUAAACAACCUCUGCUUAUUGAAGAAGCAGUACAGUGUCUAAAAUGAGUCACAAUGAGGGGAGAGAAGAGAAUGAAUCUCCAGAACCAAACCGGGUGUCUAAGAAGAGUGACAACUGUACACAAAUUAACAUCAACAAUGAACCAGCAAGGUUUGACGCAAGGGUCAAAGAGCAGCACAAAACCAGCAUGAAGAUCAAGUAUGAGAGAUUAUUUGAGGGACUGAAACUCCAAGAGAAUGAAACCCUCCUGAACAGGAUCUACACACAGCUCUACAUCAUAGAGGGAGAGAGUGAAGGAGUGAAUGAAGAACAUGAGGUUUCACAGAUGGAGAAAACAGCCAGAACAAAACACUCACAAGACACUCCAAUCUACUGCAAUGACAUCUUUACAGCCUCACCUGAACCAGGAUAUAAGAAGAAGAAGAAGAAGAAGAAAGACCAAAUCAAGACUGUUCUUACUAAAGGCAUCGCUGGAAUCGGAAAAACCAUCUCUGUGCAGAAGUUCAUUCUGGACUGGGCCGAGGGAAAAAACAAUCAGGAUGUAGAUUUCAUGUUUGUGCUUCCAUUUCGAGAGCUGAACUUGAUCCGAGAUCAUCAGUACAGUCUUCACAGACUUCUGCUGGACUUUCAUCCUGAACUUCAAGAUCUCGACUCAAAGAUUUAUGAGGUGUGUAAAGUUGUGUUCAUCUUUGAUGGUCUGGAUGAAAGCAGAAUCACACUGAUGUUUUCAGACGAUCAGAAAGUUUGUGAUGUGACUGAGACUUCAUCAGUGGGUGUGUUGAUGUCAAACCUCAUGAAAGGAGAGCUGCUUCCCUCUGCUCUCAUCUGGAUCACCUCCAGACCAGCAGCAGCCAAUCAGAUCCCCUCCAAAUACAUCAACCGUCUGACAGAAAUUCAGGGAUUCAAUGAGUCUCAGAAGGAGGAAUAUUUCAGGAAGAGAAUCAGUGACCAGCAUCAAGCCAGCAGAAUCAUCUCACACAUCAGAAGAGCAAAAAGCCUCCACAUCAUGUGCCACAUCCCCGUCUUCUGCUGGAUCUCAUCCACUGUGCUUCAGAAGCUCCUGAAAGAAGAUCUGAGUGCAGAAAUCCCUCAAACUCUCACUGAAAUGUACAUCCACUUCCUGCUGAUUCAGAUCAACAUGAGGAAUCAGAAGUAUGAAGAGAGAGAUCCAGAGAAACUCCUGCAGUCCAACAGAGAAGUGAUUGUGAAACUUGCUGAAGUGGCUUUCAAACAGCUGAUGAAGGGCAAUGUGAUGUUCUAUGAGGAGGACCUGAUAGAGAGCAGUAUAGACGUCACUAAUGCCUCAGUGUAUUCUGGGAUUUGCACUGAGAUCUUUAAGGAAGAAGCUGUGAUUCAUCAGAAGAAAGUUUACAGCUUCAUCCAUCUGAGCGUUCAGGAGUUUCUCGCUGCUUUCUAUACUUUUCACUACCAUCUUUGUACUACAAUGAAAGCACUAAAGUUUAUUACACUGCAUAAUAUGUUUAAAGCAGCAAUCAACACAGCUCUACAAAGUAAGAAUGGACGUCUGGAUCUGUUCCUGCGGUUCCUGCUGGGCGUCUCACUGGAGUCCAAUCAGAGACUCUUACAGGAUCUACUGACACACACAGAGAACAGCUCAGAGAGCAUCAGGAGAACCACACAGUACAUUAAAGAGCAGAUCAAAGAUGGACAUGGACUCUCCACUGAAAGAUCCAUCAAUCUGUUCCUCUGUCUGCUGGAAGUGAAAGAUCAGACUCUGUCCAGGGAGAUUCAGGAGUUUGUGAAAUCAGACAAACAUUUAGAGGAGAAACUCUCUGCUGGUCACUGCUCAACAAUCGCCUACAUGAUUCAGAUGUCAGAGGAGGUGCUGGAUGAGCUGGAUGUUCAGAAAUACAACACAUCAGAUGAGGGGAGAAGAAGACUGAUACCAGCUGUGAUCAACUGCAGAAAAGCUCUAUUGUCCAGCUGUAAUCUCACUAGUCAGUCAUGUGAAAUUGUGGCUUCAGCUCUACAGUUCUCAAACUGUGUCCUGAGAGAGCUAGAUCUGAGUAACAAUGACCUGCAGGAUUCCGGAGUGAAGCUGCUCUCAGAUGGACUGAAGAGUACAAACUGUCAGCUGGAGAUACUGUGGUUGUCUGGCAGUAUGGUGACAGAGGAAGGCUGUGGUUAUUUGUCUUCAGCUCUGAGUUUAAACCCCUCACACCUGAGAGAGCUGGAUCUGAGCUACAAUCACCCAGGACAAUCAGGAUUCCAGCUGCUCAAACACAAACUGGACGAUCCAAACUAUAAACUGGAGAAACUGAAUUUGGAGCAUGGAGGACAUUUAAGGAUCGUUCCAGGACUGAGAAAAUAUGCCUUUGAUCUCACACUGGAUCCAAACACAGCACACACUCGUCUCAUUGUCUUUGAAGGGAACAAAAAAACAACAUGUGUUAAAGAGCAUCAGGCGUAUCCUGAUCAUCCAGAGAGAUUCAUUUACCAUGAACAGGUUCUGUGUGGAGAGAUUCUCACUGGACGCUGUUACUGGGAGGUUGAAAGGAGUGGCUGGAGUCAUGUAGCAGUGUCAUAUAAAGGAACCAGCAAGAAAGAAGGGAAUGACAGUCGGUUUGGACUCAAUGAGAAGUCCUGGAAUCUUUACUGUUGUGAAACUAUUUAUUGUGCCUGGCACAAAAAUAACAGCACAAACAUUCUUCCGCCUUCAUCCCUGUCUACUAGAGUAGGAGUGUAUGUGGACGUGUCGGCCGGCUCUCUGUCCUUCUACAGCGUCUCUGACACACACACACUCACACACUUAUACACAUUCAACACCACAUUCACUGAACCCCUCUAUGCUGGAUUUGGACUUUAUAAUAAUUCAUCAGUGUCUCUCUGUAAGAUUUAACAUCAUAUUGUAUAAAAGCAACAGCGAAAUCACAGUGGAAUAUUCAAAAGGAAAAAUGUAUUAUUUACAUUCAUUCAUUUGGAAGACACUUUUAUCCAAAGUGACCUACAAUUGAAAUAUGUGACCCUGGACCACAAAACCAGUCAUAGGUGUCAAUUUUUUUAUAUAUAUAUAUCAGCUGAAAGCUGAAUAAAUAAACUUUCCGUUGAUGCAUGGUUUGUUAGGAUAGGACAAUAUUUGGCCGAGAUACAACUAUUUUAAAGGGGUCAUCAGAUGCUAAGUUCACUUUUUCUAAUUGUUUGAACAUUAAUGUGUGUUGUCAGUGUAUGUACAAAUCUACCCUAUAAUGAUAAAAAUCCAUGCAGUGGUUUUUAAUUAAUCUGUAAAAAUAAUAUUCCCUUUUUCAAAUCGAGCCGUUCUCAGAUGCCUGUCAUUGUGCCGUCACACCCACAGAGGCCGCUCCCACGAUAGUUGAUUGACAUGAGCGAUUUACCUCAGAUCAGCUGUAACAGUCCGUCCUCUUUGUUUCGAUGCCGGAGCAGUGAUGUAAGUUAGACAAGAAUAUCUCUGAUUGAGUGAUUGAGGUGUUGUGUUGCUGGAUGUAAUAGUGAACAUAGUGGUCGUCAUUUACUCCCGACAUCUGAGCCGCUGAAGAUGCAGUGGAUUACGUUUGUUUGUGAAGGGAAUGCGCCUCCCGAUCUACAUAUAUCCGUCUAUGUUCGCGCAAAUCAUUCGUGAUCCAUAUUCACCUACAGAAGAAGUGAGUGUAAGGUUUUUUUUUUUAUGAAUCUUUGCGAUCAUCUUUCCUAAUAAUGUGCUACUUAGCAAGUUUAGCGGCUAAACACGGCUAAAGUAAACAGGCUGGUCACUCCACAGAGAGAAGAGGAGGCGGGGCGAGCAGAGCUUAUUUGCAUUUAAAGCAGAAGUAUAUUAUAGACUUUUCAUUAAGACCCGAAAAAUCAUAUCAACUUGUGGAAAAUGGGCAUCCAAUGACCCCUUUAAAAUCUGAAAUCUGAGGGUGCAAAAAAAUCAAAAUAUUGAAAAUCACCUUUAAAGUUGUCCAAAUGAAGUUCUUAGCAAUGCAUAUUACUGAUCAAAAAUUAAGUUUUGAUAUAUUUACGGUAGGAUAUUUACAAAAUAUUUUCAUGGAACAUGAUCUUUACAUAAUAUCCUAAUAAUUUUUGGCAAAAUCUAUCUAUCAUUUUGACUCAUUUAAUGUAUUGUUGGCGAUUGCUACAAAUAUACCUGUGAUACUUAAGGUUUUGUGCUCCAGGAUCACAUAUUAGGAGGUUGCUUAUCCUAAAAGGCUUAGUACUUAUAUUUCGUCUUAGUAUCAACAAAGAUGUCUUAGAUAUUAGUCAAAAAACAGAAUGUGGUGUGAGAACCAGGGAAAAUCUCCUUUGUCUUGCAAUAAUCUCUUUCAUGACUCUAUUUUUGUAAUAUUGGAAUAUUUUGUAAAUAGAGAAAGGAAACAAUAGAAAAUGUAAGAGGAGCACAGGUGGGGAGGCUGAGAUGCAGUGGCGCAUCUCUAGAUGAGGAAAAAAAUCAGAGUUUUUGAUGUUGUAGAGGUCUUUUUUGUAACUUAAUAGGAGAUGCAUGCCAAGGUGUUAAGGGUAUUUUUCUCAGGAGACUUAGGUAAAAGUCUAAUUUUUAAAUAAAUAUUUUUUUCUAUAUAUUAUUAUAUAUUCUAUAUUUCAGUUUUCAUGUCCAGGAUGCCAAACCCAUUUUCAGACUGUACAUGUAUCUGGGGUUGUGUAAUAAAGUUUCUGUUGUGAUUA